GAGUUCUCGCGCAAACUCUAAAUAAACUCGAUAAACUUGUAAUUACCGUACGAGGAAAUUCAAUGUGAGAUAUAUUAAGACAUUGGCACUGAAAUAUAAAAAAUCGUAUCAGACAGAGAGAGCGAUAUCGGACCUGAUAUAAGAGACUCGGUGUCCACCCUAACUCACGCUAUUCAACGAGCGUAUGGUAAACAAAACACAGCGAUGAGAGUAGUGCUGUUUACGUUGAUCGUGUGUGUUAAAGUGACGUGUGGAGUGAACAAAAAUGAGAUAAGAACGAACCCAUAUGACUUUGCAAUACCGAAGGAGUGCCGAGCAUUUUGUGGCGAGGAGAGGGACGGUAGAGUCAAAAGGGAGGCGAUAAGAAGCAAAAUAUUGGAUGCAAUGCUCGGUACCCCGAUGUUCAAAUUGACUCCUCACACACCAGAUGCACUGUCGUUGUUCGAGGACCAAUACACUUUACCUGAGGGUUUUGAAGGUCCGCUGAAGAAGUACGACUUCAUCGUGGUGGGAGCGGGUUCCGCGGGCAGCGUGCUGGCGGCGAGACUCAGCGAGGACCAUGACGCCUCAGUCCUGCUGCUGGAGGCGGGCACCGGGGAGCCCUACCUGGCGGGCGUACCGCUCUUGUCGCCCAUAUUCCAGCAGACCAAAUACGUUUGGCACUACCUGAUGGAACCCCAGCCGGGCGUUUGUACCGGUAUGGACGAUGAAAGGUGUUUUUGGCCGAGGGGUAAGGCGGUGGGUGGGUCCAGCGUCGUCAACUACAUGAUAUACACCAGGGGCAUGAAGGAGGACUGGGACAGAAUUGCCGCUGACGGUAACUAUGGAUGGUCAUAUGACGAUGUCAUUCCUUACUACAUGAAGUCGGAAAGAGCAUCUCUUCGUGGUCGGAAAAAUACAUCCACGUGGCACGGGAAAGAUGGAGAAUUAAAUGUGGAAUAUCCUCCUUUCAGAUCGAGACUCGCUAAAACAUUUUUAGACGCCACAAAAGUUUUGGGACAUAGACGAGUCGACUAUAACACUGCGGACGGCUUCGGAUUUGACUACAUACAAGCUACCAUGAACGACGGCAGACGAACUAGCGCCGGGAAAGCCUUCCUCCAUAGCAAGAAGAAGAGGAAAAACUUGCACGUUCUGACGAUGACUAGGGUGACCAAAAUUUUAAUAGACCCCUACACGAAAACUGCCGUGGGGGUAUCGUUUCAGCACAACAAAAGAGUGUACGACGUGUACGCCGCCAAGGAAGUUAUUCUCUCCGCUGGACCCAUAGAAUCUCCUCAUCUGUUGAUGCUCUCGGGAGUCGGACCCAGGAAGCACUUAGAAUCGAUGGGCAUCAACGUUAUACAGGACUUGCAAGUAGGAAGGACGCUCUACGACCACAUUUCGUUUCCGGGCCUGACGUUCACACUAAACACCACGGGAUUGACUAUGCGCGAGGAUAACGUGGCUACACUCGAAAAUGCCAUAAAGUUUACUCAGUUCGGGGACGGUCCGAUGUCCUCGCUCACCGGUGUCGAAACCAUCGGCUACAUCAAAACGGACGUAUCCGAGGAGUACGGGGACUAUCCCGACAUAGAGUUGCUGGGAACGUGCGCCGCUUUUUCGACGGACAGGGGCACUCUCGUAGCGAAAGGAAUACACAUGUCAGAUUGGCUCUACAGGGACGUGUACAAGCCGCUCGAAAAUACCGAAAACUUCUCGAUACUAUUCAUGCUGCUGCACCCAAAAUCGAAAGGUUAUCUGAAGUUAAAAUCGCUGAACCCCUUCGACCAACCCAAGCUCUACGGCAAGUACUUGACUCAUCCGAAGGACGUCGCGACUAUGGUCGCAGCGAUAAGGUACAUCAUAAAGCUGAUCGAUACACCGCCGUUCCAUAAGUACGGCGCGAGGCUGUACGAGAGGCCCUACCCGAACUGCAGGCAGUACAGAUUCAACUCCGAUGCCUACUGGGAGUGCGCCGUAAGGACGCUCACUUCGACGCUUCAUCACCAGAUCGCGACGUGUAAGAUGGGUCCAGCGUCGGACCCCACUGCUGUGGUGGACCCGGAGCUACGGGUACACGGGAUUAACAACCUGCGCGUUGUUGACAGCAGCAUUAUACCGAGGACCAUAGCAGCCCAUACAAACGCACCGGCCAUCAUGAUUGGGGAAAAGGCUGCGGCUAUGAUCAAAAACAGUUGGCAGAUGUAUUAGUGAAACAGUUAAUUCAGUAGUAUAGCUUUUCUUCUAUAUCACGAAGGUUCCUACCAAAACAUUAAUAUUUAUUUCUGUACCA